CACUGACAGCUACGUCGAAAUUCCAAUCGGAAAAUCACAGUCUGCGGCAAAUUUGGGUGUGUGCAAGAGCAACGGAUGUCCCUCCGAAAAAGCCUAGUUGUCUCACCGUCUCGCAUAAAGUAAAUAUUUUUCCGCUUUUACCAGUUCCGGAAAACACUCAGUUCGCGUUUUCCCGCACUGUCAUUUCCACCAUCGAAUAAAUUGCCGUGAAAUUCGCGUGUGACAUACUCUGACAUGGGCUUGAAAAGCUGCCAAAUCCAAUUGGACAAUCCAUGGAACACUUACUACGCCGGCCAGACCAUCAAUGGCCAGGUGACAUACACCUUUGACUCGCCGAAGAAGGUCCGAGGUAUCAUCGUCCGUUUCUUAGGCGAAGCUAACACAAAUUGGCAAGAAACACGAAAGGUAACCAACAGUGAAGGCAAAGAAGAAGAUGAAACUGAAAACCUGUCAGGUCACGAAGAAUAUUUUCAAAUUCAAUACUACUUGUUAGGAGGAAAAAAUAGUGCCGAAAUUGAGCUUCCAUCAGGUCAACAUACCUAUCCUUUUACAUGUGCUUUACCGCCAACUCUGCCGUCGUCGUUUGAAGGUGAAUGGGGACAUGUACGUUACACUAUUAAAGUUACUCUCGAUCGUCCAUGGAAAUUCGAUCAGGAGACGAAGAUGGCUUUCACAGUCAUUUCACCGGUCGAUUUAAACCUCAAUCCUCGUGUACAGGACCCAUACAAAUUGGAGUUAGAAAAGACAUUUUGUUGUUUCUGUUGUCAAUCCGGUCCAUUAGCGGUUAUCGUCAAAAUCCCAGUGACAGGCUUUGUUUCUGGGCAAGUUAUUCCUAUUACAGCUGAAUGUGAUAAUGCCAGCAACGUGCAUGUUAAUCUGCUGAAGUUCAUUUUGAGGAAGGUGGUGGCAUUCCACACGACUCAACCACGUCGUGAAACCAAGAAGGAGAAUAUAACAAUAGGUGAACUGAGUGUUGGUCCCAUUGGUCCGCAUGAUUCGAAAACAUGGACCCAACAAUUGGAAAUACCCCCUUUACCGCCAUCUAAUCUGGUUAAUUGUGGAAUUAUAGACUUGGACUAUGAUCUUAAGGUUGUUUGUGAAGUAUCUGGACCACAUAGGAAUUUGGAGGGUACUAUUCCUGUUGUGCUGGGCACCAUACCACUGGCGUCAUUCAAACCACCAGCUCCGUACAGCGAUGUGCCAGUGCAAGAUCCAUCUUUGGCUCCCACUCAACCCGUAAGUCCAGCAAGUCCACCAAAUGGAACAGGCGGUGCUGUCGGAUGGAACACUGCCGAUACCGCAGGAGGCUCUCUCUAUCCAAAUAUUCCCCCACCAACAUUCGAGGAGAGUCAAUUCAAACCCUCUACAAUCGUUGAUAAAACUGACUCAGAGCACACAAUGAUCCCGACAGGGAACCAGGACUUUGCGCCACGCUAUCCGACCUAUGCAUUUAAUCCAAGUGCCCCGGCUGCCCAGAAUAUGUAAGGGGCAUUGCUGCCACGCUUAACUUUCGUCCCUCUCUUGACGAAAGCAUCUUUAGGUUCUCUACGGGAUACGUUGCCCAGAGACGUAACAUGCGCACACACUCAUACACUACUAAUCUCAAUUUUUACAAUUAUUAUGAUAUAAGAAGAAGAAAUUAAGACUAAGUAUAAAGUUGGUAGCUUUACAACUAAAAGUAGUGAGAGACAAAACAACAGAGAAAUGUAUUUUGUUACAAUUUGUAUUGUAUUGAGCUAGAUGAAAAUAACAGAUCGAAGUUAAUAAGUUUUUAUACAACGCCUGAUAUUGUUUUCAAAAGAUUUUAAAAAUAUUUUGCCUAGAAUAGUGUCUUGACUUGUCAUCGGAACACUUAGCGAAAUUGGGAGACGAACCGGUGACGACGGCCUAUAUUUCAUGUUUACACGUUAGGAUAGUAUCGUUGUGCUUUCAUUGCUUAAUAUGUACGCGAUAUAUGAAGGAUAAUAUUAGGCUAAUCGGAUAAAUCAAAUUCUCUCAGUUGGACCCGCUCACUACUUAUGAACCCAGCAAUAUCGUUUCAUUUAGUUUGUACGCUUUUUACAAUGUGGUUAUGGAAUCUCCAUUUGUUACGAAAAAAUGAGUGCCUAUUUCUACAAUGGAAAAUAUUAAAGCAAAAUAAAGAUCAAUUAGCAGAGAAAAAUCGUAAAAGUCUAGCCAAGUCAUUUUAUAAGCGCCUCAUUCACUAGUCAAAACGUAAAACAAAAUUUACUACAACGUCCGAGUAAGAAGGAGUAAGGAGAAAGUGUUUGAUUUGUCGCACAUGAUUUUUGUUAUUUGGUGCGCAAUUAUUUGAUUUAUUCAUCUAAAAUAUUGAUAUUGUAUUUUGAUAUUGAUUUUAUUUUUCUAGAUUAUGUUAUAACCGCACUUUUUGAUUAUUGGAUUUAUAUAGAAAUCAUAAUUAUUUAAA